AUGCUGGGCUCGACACUGAAGACCAUUCCCCUCACCUGGCCAUACGCCGUUUGGGGCAUGGAUAUGGUGGGGAAGUUGAAAAUAGCCCCCGGCAGGUACACCCACGUCCUCGUCGCCGUCGACAAGUUCACAAAGUGGGUAGAAGCAAAACCCAUCAAGAAGUGCGACGGAAAAACUGCCACCAAGUUCUUGCAGGAAUUGAUCUAUCGCUACGCAUACCCGCACAACAUCAUCACCGACAACGGCACGAAUUUCGACAAGGGAGAGAUAGCCGACUUCUGCGAAAAAAACGGAAUCCGGCUCUACCUCGCCUCAGUCGCACACCCCGAGUCGAAUGGCCAAGCAGAAAGAGCGAACCAGAGCAUCUUCCACGGAAUCAAGCCACGACUGGAGGUACCUCUGGAACACGCGGCCGGGUGCUCGGCGGAAGAUCUUCCCUCCGUACUUUGGGGCAUUCGCACAACCCCGAACCUGUCGAUCGGCUACACGCCCUUCUUCCUAGUGUACGGUGCCGAAGCUAUCAUACCCACCGACAUCGACCACGACUCGCCACGAGUCACAAACUACGCCGAAGAAGAAAACGAGCGCGCCCGCCAAGACGGCGUCGAUCUCCUCGAUAAAGAACGAGAUCUCGCGCUCUCCAGAAAGGCCAUAUACCAGCAGGGCCUCCUGCGCUAUCACAGUCGUCGCGUCCGCAUUCGCUCCUUCCAAGAGGGCGACCUCGUCCUUCGGCUAAUCUAG